AUGGUGCCCACUCUCACCAACGUGUCUGCUGGGAUCCCCAGCAGCAAAGUGAAAUACUCAAAGCUCUCCAGCACUGAUGAUGGACACAUUACCUGUCAGUUCAAGAAAAGCCCUACUAACAUUCCUUAUAAGGCCAUUGCCUGCGCCUCCUUACAGUUUUUGACUGGUGUUUUUCUCAUUAUUACGGGCUGCCUCCUGCUGGCAGGCUACAUCAGCAAAGUUGGCGCCAACCGAGCCUUUCCAGUUCUGACUGUGGGCGUCCUGGUGUUCCUCCCCAGAUUUUACCACCCAAUCAUCACAUACAGAGCAUACCGAGGCUGCCAGGGCUACUCCUACCGUGAUUUUCCGGACUGUGAUGACUAG